ACGAGUUCCAACCCAAUACAAUCGAGCGAUGGGUCUUGGUCUGUCGCACCCGGCGCCGCCGUCCGACGCGGCCGCCGCUGUCUUGUGCAGCCAGGACCUCUUGUGUACCAUCACCUCGUACCAGCGCGGCCUGCCCGAGAGCCUUGCACCGCUGGUGCCAGGUCUGCGGCGCAUGGCCCACCGGCCCAAGCAACGCAUCUCCAUGCCCGACCACGAGCUCGACGCCCGCUUCCGCACGUGGCUGGCAGCCCACGACGUCGAGAAGCUCGCGCCACUGCUGCGCAACGCCAAGCUACCGACAGGAUUGCCUUUAUCCACGGCGACAUCAACGUCGUCGCCGUCGAAGGGCCACACGUCGGUGCUCGACUGGCUCGAAGCGCGCAGCUCGGCGUACCCGCGAGGCCUUAUGGAGUGCGGCGUCAGCAGCAAUCAGCUGGACCGAGGGUUUCUGGAGAUUCUCAUCUACUUGGACGCGCAUUUGCUCAGCGACUGGCACCCGAUGGCCGUCUCGAUCGCAGCCGAACGCGGUCAUGUGGACGUGCUUCGCUUCCUUCGCGCCAAGGCGUAUGCCGGGACGCGACCCGUCCUCGUCGACGGGGGUUCCGAGUGGGGAAAUGGAAAUGUAUCGACGUGA